AUGGCGCUCAAGUUUCUGAGUGCACAUACCCCUCACUCCUCAGGCUCGAGUAGCAGUGUCAAGUACUUCGAUAUCCGUCUCGACAAUGAUUACAUCGUUUUCCGGGGCAGUGAAGACGAGGCUGCUAGUGCCCAACUGUCCGGGUCUCUGGUUCUAUGCCUCACGGAACCUAUGACUAUCCAUCACGUUGACUUGACUUUGAGCGGGAUUCUACAUAUGUCAUGGCAGACCACUUCCACGUCCUCUAUGUCGGGCCGGCGGACCACUUACAAGGAGAAGACCUUUUUCGAGAAGAAUUGGAUAUUCCGAGACCCUGGGAAAGGCAAGACCGAAGUCUUGCCACCUGACAACUACGAGUGGCCAUUCCGAUGCAUCCUCGAAGGCUCUCUGCCCGAAAGUGUGGAGGGUCUGAAAGAUGCAUGGAUCAUCUACCGCCUCAAGGCCGAAAUCUGUCGCAAGAGAGGGAGGGACAUCGUCGUCCGCAAACCAUUGCGCAUUGUCCGCACCCUGGAUUCCAACGCAUUGGAACUUUCUCACGCAAUGUCUGUGGAGAACAUAUGGCCGAAUAAAAUAGAAUACUCCAUCAGCAUUCCAAACAAGGCCGUCGCCUUUGGGUCCUUUGUGCAAGUUGACUUCAAAUUGAUAUCUCUCUUGAAGGGUCUGGUAAUUGGCAAUGUCUCCACCCAGGUUAAGGAAGAGCAAGAGUUUGUCGUUGAUCCGGAGUGGGGGAUCUCUGCUUUGAACAAUGGGCAGACCAAAAUGGACAGAGUCAUUGCAUCGGACCUUUACAAGGUCGACCUUGAAAAGGACGAGCAGAUUAUCGACGAGGUCGCCGAAGGCUAUCAGUUUUCUCGAUAUCUCGAGUUGCCCAAGUCGCUGAACCAGUGCUUACAAGACUGUAAUGUGAAAGGGAUCAAGGUUCGACAUAAGGUGAAAUUUAACGUCCAGUUACACAACCCCGACGGCCACAUUUCCGAACUCCGGGCCAACCUUCCAGUCUCGUUUUAUAUCUCUCCGAGUCUGCCUAUCAACGAAAAUAACGAUUUGGUCGACCAGUCGCCCCAGGCGGGAAGGGCGGCUAUAGCGAACGAUUUGGCGAACGCAGCGCCGCCAGUGUAUGGGAAGCACACUUUGGACGUCUUAUAUUCCGACGUGGAUGGCUAUCGGACGCCCGGAACUGCACUUUCGACUCCAGGGACCCCGUACCUUCACAGCCGCCACGCAUCUCACGAAAACCUCGCAAGCCUUGCCGCAAUGGCCAAUGGGAACUAUGUGUCACCUAUAGCUCUUCAAAGCAGACUUCAGGACCUCCGAGUGGGCGACUCUUUCAUCCAGGAUUUGCGGGGCAACGAAGACAGUGAUGCGAGCAAUCUAUCGCUACCAGUGAAUGGACGGUCCAGGAGGAAUUCAUCGUCUACGACAAUGCCUGAAGAUUAUUUUGCACCACAUGAUGCGUCGAAUGCCAGCCCGCAUCCCCGAAUUAGCCCUCAUGAUCCUGGGGCAUCUCCGGGCGGCCCAUCCCAUACUCCUAGUCAACCAGGCAGCCUCCUUAUGUCACGCAGAACUUCCGAAGAAGAAGACGGACAUCAGUCUGGCGCUCGGACGCCUUUUCCUCAGUACGAUCAUAUGGAAGAUCUGGCUCGCGUUCCGUCAUAUACGACGGCGGUCAAAACCCCGGCACCAAGAACGCAAUUGAAUCAGUCGAUAGCUCUUCCGACUUACGGGGCUGCUGUUACCGAUCCCAGUCCGCCGCCAUUAGCAGAGCCCCCAACUGUUCACCUUCGUACUUCGCCAAGGUUGCCGGGUAGUAUUACAGCGACAGCAAACUCACCGGACUCACCCGUAAACGGCGUGGCAAGGACGACAGUUUCUCACAGAACCGUGAGUUCAAUUCAGGAUGAUGAGAGACGGUUACGGAUGAUGCAACUGCGAGGUCGAUAG